UUCACCUCCCAAGUUGCCAAGUUCCCGCUCUCCAUAGCCCUACGUGGAUAAAUAUCCAUUUGGGCCUUCCAUCUCAUGUUUUUCAGAACUUAUUCCCGCCAUACUAUAACUCCACUCACUUGUUCGUGAUCACCCUCGGACCGCAUGAACUGUAUGCGGUUCGGAGAGUCAUCAUGAUGCCGUGCACGCGACUGCGUUAUCGGCUUAUACUCUUUGACCUCGUCCACUUCUGAUAACUGAAAAAAAAAAAAAAAAAAACGGAGGCCUCGUGCCCUCCCAAAGAUGGCCGCCCCAGGCUUCUCCGUCAAUGAGCUGAUCAGUGCCGCCAUUCAGAUUAAAAAUGUCUAUGGUGCCUUCUUUGACAAGCACUCGAACUCGGCGACGCAGUAUGAGGACCUGAUCCACGAGAUUACGUCCUUUGCAGAGAUUGUGGAAAUGAACCGGGAGGCCUUUGAGCGAGCUGGGCUGCGUUAUGCGCAGUAUGAAGCGAUCUACAAAACUCUAAGUAGAGGCUACGAUUUUCUGAAAAAGAACAAGCCCAUAUUGUCGAACAAGAUGACUCCAGAGGCGAUGUGGAAGAUUGCCAAGUUUCAGUAUAGCCAAGACUACGUUCAAGGACUAAAGGAGACGAUCCGGGCCCAUAAGGCGGACCUAACAGCCCAAUCUGUCCUUCAUAUACUGAACAAAACUACAACAGAACCACAGGCUGAAGAGGUAGCCGUACCUGAUAAGCGGCGGGGAACCAUCAACAACUCGACCUAUCCCGUCUCGGAAACCCUGGAUGGCCUUCCGAUUCCAAACCUACCCACUCCAGAUAGCGCGAUAAUCAAUAACAAAUACCAAUACCAAUAUAUGACGGUCCCCGUGAGUACUAACAGAAGCUCUCCGAGCAGAACCCCUCCCAGCAGGAGCCUAGAAAAGGCCGGGUUCUAUCACGACAGCCAGACUCUAUCUCCGCACCGGGCUCCAUCGUCUGGACCGAGCCCACAGAACAGCCCCGAGCUCUCGACAGCCGACACUAUCAGUAGCUCCAUCAGUCCACGUAGCAGCCCUGUCCCUCCGACAUCGAGCCGCCUAUCUAGCAUUGCAUCACCGCAGCUCUCCUCAUGCCCCGAGAUGAUUCUGCCACAGCCUGCGUUAGAUUACGUCGUUGCUGAGGUAUUUUUUGGGUCAAAAAAAAUCGAUAUCAGGCGCAAGCCAGCUGGAAGGCCCUCUACAUCACCAACAUCACCAGGCCGCGAGCUCGUCAUCAUCAACGAGGAGAACAAAGAGCGCCUAAAGCACCGAAUCAAGCUCGGGUCGACACAGCGCUGCUAUCCAUACACCUGGAACAGCGGAAACCACCCCACUCUAGAGGUGACCUUCACCCAAGGUAGCCACUCCCUGUAUUUCAAAGGCAAGCCACAAGAGCUCGGACCGGCCAUCCCACGCUACGUCUUUUCCAACCUCGCCGACUUCACCGAGUUCCAGUCCGCCGUGCGCAACAAGUUCUUUCUUGGUGCCUUCGCUGUGAACAAGAUCUCCUCCGAGACGUCCCGAAAAAAUGGUGACGCAACGUACCAGCACCUUAAGAUCUGGCGUGAUAAGGAGACGGGACAGUGCUCGCUCUCUUUUUAUGGUAGUUCUUUGGAGAAGGCGAGAGAUUUAGAUUUCCCGUUCAAGUAUAUCAAGAAGGAGCCCGAAAAGACGAAGCGCAGUGAGGAACUCAUCCUCCGCUUUGAUCCGCUCCCGUGGAGUCAGCUCCGAACUACAUCUCCAUCGAUCAGUCAGGGGUAUUUCAGCUCACCGUCUGAGUCUGAAUACACCAGCAACAACAUCUUCAGCACCAUUACCACAGACCGCACGGCGUCGACAGGUAUGGUCCCUCUUUUUUGUUUUGUUUAUCUGCUCCUGUCCCUCCCCUGAGAUCCAGCUAACCCCCUCCAUCAUAGGCUUCUUUAGCCGCCGCUCCACAGCCGCCUCGUCCACAACAGCCGCCACGAGCUUCGCCACCAUCACGCCCGGCUCGCGCGCC